AUGUCGUCGUCAUCCUCCUCGUCCUCGUCCUCGUCCUCGCCAUCGUCGUACUCGUCCUCGCCGGUGGUUGAGCCGUCUUACACGGAACAACAGGAAAAGGUCCGGCGUAGGAAGACUGUGAAGAAGACAAAGAAGAAGAAGACGACAAAGGUCAAGUCCAAGUCGGGCAAGGGCAAGUCGGGCAAGAGCAAGUCGGGCAAGAGCAAGUCGGGCAAGGGCAAGUCGCUCAAGCGCGUUUACCACUCGUCGGGUGGCUUCUCGUACGAGUACCAGACCGAUACCCGCUCCGGUGAUGCGUCGUCGUCGGCUUCGGCCGCAGACUCGGCCGACGUGGCCGAGCUCCGUGCGCGGAUGCGUGCUCUGGAGGACCAGCUCGCAGAGGCCACCAUGGGCCACGGAACCCAGGCUGAUCGCGUGGAGAAGGACAUUUCGCAGCUGCAGGCGCUCAUUGCCGCCAAGACCCGCGACGGUGGCAUCAAUGGCUCGGACGGCCUCCCGCCCGUCAAGCGCAAGCGCCGCAUUGUGCGUCAUGCCUCGGGCUCGUCGUCCGGCUCGCUCUACGAGCUGAUCAAGCUCCGCAAGCCGCCGACCUACUCGUACUCGUACUCCCCAGCCCAUUCCUCGUCGUUCCGCGCUGACCCUCGGUUCUCGUCGUCGGACACAGGCGCAUCAUCUGCCUCGGACCGCCGCUACCGCAACGACUUUGCCGAGUUUGACGCCGACAAGGUCGGCCUCAACUAUCGCUCCGACUUUGCCGGCUUUGACGACGACAAGCUGGAUCCCAACUACCAUGGCGACUUUGCCGACUUUGCCGCAGACAAGGCCGGUGCCAACUACCGCACUGACUUUGCAGACUUUGACGCCGACAAGGCCGGGCCCACAAACUACAACUCCGACUUUGCCGUCCUCGACCACGCCGGUGCUCCGCCACCGUCAGACUCGGAGGAGGACAUUGUCUGGAACAAAUACGCCAAGGACUACGUCAAGUACGUUCCGCGCCGCAAGAAGUACCGUGUCCGCAAGCGCCCCAAGGUUUACUCGUACUCGGCCAGCCGCUCGUCGUCGUCGUCGUCCUCCUCCUCCUCCUCCUCCUCCUCGUACUCGUACUCGUCGUCCAACUCAGAGCUCGAGCGUCAGUUCCGCAAGCUCGCCAAGAAGUUCGACGCCCUCAACCACCAGCUCGCCUACGCCCUCGAUGACCGCGACCGCCGCGUCGACGCCUACGAGGAGGACAUUGCCGCUCUUGAGGCCCAGCUCCGCCAGAUGCAGCUGCAGGCCCAGAUGCUCGCCAUGGAGCCGACCUACUCGUACUCGUACACUUACGAAACGUACUCGUACACCUACUCGGACUACGAGGCCCUGCCGCGCCGCGGCCGUCGUCGUAUGCGCGUUGUCGCAGCCCCGUCUUACGAUCGCCGUCGCCGCCGCGACAUGGCCGUUGUCCUCCGCGGCGACCUCUCCGAGCGUUCCUUCGCCUCCACCUCGCGCCGCUCAGCAAAGGCCGUUCCCGACGACCUCGAUGCUCGCCUCGCCGCCCUCCAGGCCAAGUUUGGCGCCAUCGAGAAGAAGAUCGCAGAGACAGACGCCGAGUACCGUGAGCAGGCCGACUACUUUGACCACCGCCUCAAGGAGGCCGACUCGCGGGCCGAAAAGGUCGAGAAGCUCGCCCACGGCUCGUCUGCAAAGUCGUCCAAGGCCAAGGCCAAGGGCAAGGCCAAAAAGGGCAAGGCCAAGAAGAGCAAGACCAAGAAGGGCAAGACCAAGAAGAGCAAGAAGUAA